UUCCCCCUCUUCUCUCUUUCUCUUUCCUCGAUCUCUCGUUCUUUCUCUCUCUCUUCUCUCUCCUCUCUCCUCUCUCCUCAACUAGAUCUCCCUCUUUCCUCCCUCCACCGUGCCGCCGUCCAUUCCACCUCGUCAGCGCACUCUCCUCUCAGCUCUCUGUCUUUCUAUCCAUCCCACCUCACAUUCACUCUCCUCUCAGCUCUCUUUUUCUCUCUUUCAUUUACCCUCACACUAACCAUCGCGGCGGCGAUGGUGACGGGUUUAUUUCUUCAUCGGCGCCGAAUCUUUGCAGUGGUGGUGGAUCUCUUCACGAAGGUAUGUGCUCUUCGAUUUGAAAUCUAGGGUUUCUGAUUUUAUAUACUUUUGUUUUGUGAUUAAUGAUGAACAAUUGAAAUUUUGAUUGAAUUUAAUGGUGAGAUGAUAGGGCGUCUGAUUUUUAUUUAUUAUUUUGUGAUUAUGGUGACGGGGGUCGAUGCUUGGAUUUCUCCUCUUCUUCGCUGCGUUUCGUCGCCUCAUCGUCAGUCGUCUCCAAAUCCCCUCUUUCUCGUGAUGAACAGGAGCCCAGAUCUACCCCUUGUUUGAUUUGAAGAGGCUAUCUAAGACGAUGUGGGGACAGUUCACAUUCAGCGCCCUCACAAAGGUCCUUUUUAUGUUUCUCCGAAAACUAUUGACCAGCUAGUUGCAAAUCUUGGAAAGUGGGCUAGGUGGUACAAAUUUGCUUCCCUGGGAUUCACUGCCUUUGGUGUCUAUUUGAUCUUAAUAGUUGAUUUGUGAAUGGAUAGUUAUAGUAUUAUAGAUGUUGAGACAGUUGAAUGGUUGACACAUACUCCAUAUUAAUAACAAUUGUUAUAUUUCCUUCGUCCCCCAAGUCAUCAUGGAACCAUUCAAUGAAUUGCUUGGUUGUAACUUUCCAAAAUCCUUGUUGUAUAUUUGGCCUAUAAAUAGCCUGUUAUUGUUCUUGUUUUAACAUCAAAACUUGUCUAAAACAAAUUAAUCACAAUAAACAAUUCACUUAUUUUUUCCAAUCUUUGAUUAAUACGUUUGUGUAUUUUCUUAAUUAAGUAAUUACGUCAAAUGGAGAUGAAUAAUCAUACGGCUAAUUUGUUCAUGGUCGUUGCUUUGUUGAGCAUUACUACUCAUCUUUAUGUUGCCAAUGCAGCUGAUCCUUCUAUGCUUCAGGAUUUCUGUGUGGGUACGAACGACCCUAAUGCCUCAGUCUUUGUAAAUGGAAAGUUUUGCAAGAAUCCAAAAGAUGUGGAAAUAGAUGAUUUCAUACACAAAGGGUUUCACAUUCGAGGAGACACGAACAACGCUCUAGGAGCAGAAGCCACACUAGUAGACGUAACUCGAUUCCCAGCACUUAACACACUAGGCGUAGCCCUAGCUCGCGUAGACUUUGCACCCUUUGGCCUAAACACCCCUCAUUUGCACCCUCGUGGCUCUGAGAUCUUCGCGGUGCUAGAGAGAACUCUAUACGCCGGUGUUGUCACAACCAAUUACACACUCUAUGACACGGUGUUGAGAAAGGGCGACAUGAUUGUUUUCCCUCAAGGUCUAAUUCACUUUCAACUAAAUCUUGGUAGAACAAAAGCUUUUGCCGUUGCCUCUUUUGGAAGCCAAAACCCUGGCCGAGUUAACAUUGCUGAUGGUGUGUUUGGAACAAGGCCGCGUAUUUUGGGUGAUGUUCUUACCAAGGGUUUUCAAGUGGAUGAGACCGUGAUUGAACGACUUCGAGCUUAGUUUAUGAGUAAGAACUUAUCAACCAGCACCGGAAGAUCUAUUCUUAAGCUUUUGGCUCAAGAUUAUUUGGCUGAGGAUUCUUCGUACUAAUUAAUUUAUUAAAAUUUAAUUAAUUUCGUACGUAAUAUAAUCAAGAUUUAUGGUAGCUGGCUCUAAAUCACAAAUAAUCUUCUUAUCAAGAUAUAUGAUUUUACUUGGUUUCAAAAAAAAAAAAAAAAAAAAAAAAAAGAUAUGAUUUUACUUCGCAUAAUUUGUGUGGUUUGGAUUAAUCUAGGGUUGUAUGUACUGUAUUCCUUUAUGCUUGGCUUUCUGUAGUUCAAAUAAAUUAAAGGAAUAAUUUAGCAUCA